UUUUAGACUACAUAUUACUGUUUCAAUAAUUACCGCACAUAUAGACAUGGCAAUAAUUAAAAUAGGAAUAUGCGAAAUAUGUGUUGCGUGCUUUAUUUUAGGUGCGCUAUACUGCUGCCACUGCGCUCCGCUGGCGGCCGACUGUGACCGAAUCAACGCCCUCGACUGCAACGCCACCUACAAACCAGAAGGCAACGAAACCGUGUGUGGCUCCGACCUGAACGUCUACCCUAACCUAUGUUUUUUCGCCAAAGCCAAAUGCAAGGACACCGCGUUAAAUAUUCUCUACACAGGCGGCUGCAUCUACACGACGCCGAUACCCGGAAACACCACGACGACUACAGGGACGGUGGCGCCGGUAUUUCCUGUCGGUGGAAACGUGAGCGACCCUGACUUCAUCAUACAUGAGCAGUUCUGUACAUACAAGGACCAGAUUAACUGCCCGGACACCCUGGACCCUAUUUGUGGAUCAGACCACAAGUUUUACCAAAAUGACUGCGAGUUUGCAAAGGCCAUGUGUAACAACACGUCUCUCCUAGUGGAGAACGACCUUGACUUAUGUAAAAACAACACAAACCGCAGAUCCAUGCAUCUAGAGGCGGCGACUUCAAAUGUACGGCGGUCAGCGCAGGCAGCAGUCCCUGUAGGGUCGCAGGGAUAUCGGGGCUUGGGAAUAUCUGCGAACGCGGUCAGGGUCCAUCAAGAUUCUUUUGGGGAAGAAAGGCGACGACGUGACACUCACACCGGAAGUAUUUUCCGUGAACAAUGGUGUUCAAACAUCGACCAGGUCACCUGCUCAGAUGAGCUGCGCCUCGUUUGUGGAACAAACCGGAAAUUCUACAGAAACCAGUGCGAGUUUGCCAAGGCGGAGUGUCAAGACCGCACCUUAAGGAUCCAGACCGAUUUGAGCGUCUGCACGACCAGGAGGAGCAGCAACGCAUUUGAGCUUGCUUAAGUUGCUGAUCAGCCCCGCCUAUCUUAACUUAUGGCAAUGCACUUAUCAAUAUUUUGCACAAAAGAUUCUUCAGAGACCGCGAAAGACUCCCAGCAGUAGGGGUUUGGAUGGACCAGGCCUGACCUGUUCGUAAUCACUGCCCAACAAGAGAAGCAGUUUUGACUGAAUCCAAGGGUAUAACCGCCACUUACCCCUAACACUGGGGUAGCUCCACGCAGUGUUACUUCCCUUACAGUGCAGUAAUCAAUGCCACCAUGCACG